AUGAGUUUUCGAAGCGUGGAAGAUAAUGCGGGUCCUGACACUCUGUCGAACUCACAGAGCACACUGGUUGAGCUGUCGGUUGAAAGUCAUACCGCGACAAGCGAGCGACCCUGGGGAUUUCUUCUUUCGGAUAAACACCGCGUGUUGUACCUCUCCGACAGGCGGCAAAUUACGUGUGGGAGGUCUCCGACGUGUGACAUUGUCGUGAGUGAUCCCCGCGUCAGUGCGCUACACUUCGUCAUUGCUUUCCACGUUGAGGUGAGCGUGCCGUCUCCUGGCAGAGGAUGUCGGUGCCAUCAUCAGGACCUCUCAACCCGACAACACACGCUCCUUGACACUUCAAUAACGGCGGGGUCAACUUUAGUGGGUGCUCACAACAACUCCUGCUCUACUCGAGAGACGAACGAUGAUGCGCAUCACACACAGAUGCCACGCUACUCUGUACCAGAGGUGCGGAUCUACUUAGAGGACCACAGCGCCAAUGGUACUUAUGUGAAUGAUACCAAGGUAGGAAAAGGCCGACGCUGUCAGCUUCAAAGCGGAGAUGAUGUUGGUGUUGUGGCCUGUCACUUAAAUACAUUGCGUGAUGAAGGUAGAGCGGGUGAAGUUGGAAACACCACGGAUUAUUCUUCCCUGAUUUUUACAGAUAAGCUCAACAUGUCACUUACUCCAGGUUCAUUGUAUGUUGAGAAAUUUUGCUUUCAAGCUUACCAUACCUCCGACAACACCGCGACUUUGGGGGAGGAAGAGUCCUGGAAUGCACGACUGGGACCAGGCUCCGGAAGAAAAAUGAGCUCUCUCAGGCAAUCCGUAAAGGAGCAGUCUAUUUCUAUUCGUUUACAGUGGGGUCUUCCUAUUGCACACGGUGCAAACAGUGUAGUGUACGCCGGCAUGGAUGUAGACACUGGACGAAGGUUGGCGUUGAAAGUAAUUCAUGAUGAUGGUUUCUCAUCCUCGUCCAGCCCUUAUUCUUCUAAAGAUUCGAAUGAAUCGUCCGGUAAAUCGUUGCUGAAGCAAACAAAAGUCUCGCCUGAAACACCUUCUAUAAACUGUGAUAAAAAAAAAUUGGAUAGUUAUCACGGACGUCUUGCUUUGUCGGAAGCAGAUUUGCGUGAAUUUUACUUUCUUACAUACCUCGCUCAUCAUCGCAUUGUUAAAUGCCUUGGAGUGGAAAAGGUUCAUCGAGGAAUGUGCAUCAUUUUGGAGCAUGUUGCUGGUGGCACGUUACAGGAUCUUAUCAAAAAAUUUGGGGCCUUUAACGAAAAUGUCAUACGCCUCUAUACAUUGCAGGUGUUACAAGGUAUGGAGUAUUUACAAAGACGCAGUGUGGUUCAUGGGGAUCUUAAGAGUGCCAAUGUACUUGUGACGGAGAAGGGCAACCUUAAAAUUACUGACUUUGGUACAAGUAGGUUUGUUCAAACCAUAUAUGUGGCCGAUGCGGAGCAAGAUAAGCUUUUAGGUGGAAACUCUGGUUGUUUUAUGCAAGCUACAGAGAGGAAGCUUUGUGGGACUCCCAUAUACAUGAGUCCAGAGCUUAUUUCUACGCAGGAGUCUACGUUUGCCUCUGAUGUGUGGGCGUUGGGGUGCAUGGUGUAUGAAAUGACCAUGGGAGUCCCGCCAUGGGAAGAAUUUCAUGGUUUGCCUUCGCACACUGUCGUAUGGAGAAUUGGUGGAACUGUGAAAGGACCAAGUUUAAACCGCCUGCGUCAAUCUGGGGCGAGUUUGACACUACUUAAUUUUAUAGAGUGUGUCUUUCGCCUUGACUAUACCCGGCGUCCCUCGGUGGAAGAACUGCUGAAGCACCCUUUCAUUUUGGGGCAUCCGCCUGUUGUUUGCUCGCAGUCGCUCCCAUUGCUUUCCCCCUCAUCAUUAGAGUGGAGUCCGAAGCUGAACUCUUCACCGAUGCAGAUGCAUCAGUCAAAUGCUAUAUCGGGUACUAACGCUGCUGGAGAAAAACUAUUACACAUUGCUGAGGAAGUUGGGAAUGAUCGUGAAAUGGAAUUGGACAGUGAGCUUGGUGAUCUGCCGCAUCAGGAGUUAUUGGAGCUUUCGCUGGGGUUAGGGCCCGAAGCAGCGGCGGAAGUGGUUUCGGCCAAACCUAUUUAUCGUACCUCACCUUCAACGCAUGCCACCAGACUUGGGGGUCAUCAGGCCUUAAUCUGCGAGCUGAAUCUCAAGAAGAAGUUUGGAAAACUGGACGCUGUGGAGGCAAAAAAGAGGCAAAACUCGUUUAAUGGUGAGUUGUCUUCAUUGCGGACCCUACGGCGACGCCUAGAGGGUGUACACCACUCUCAACGAAGAGGUGGCGGCUAUAGCUUUACGGAGAAUGUGGAUACUGUCGGUCAGGGCGGUAACCUCUUUGAUUCCGAUGCAGCCAGCAAAUCCCACAGCACAGCUGAAUUUUUAGGAAUAACGGCGUUAUUUAAGGAAUAG